AUGAUAAUUAUUCCCAACGCAAAACCAAAUACAUUAACUGUGUCAAUGGUGCCAGAUAUAUCAUGUUGCAAACGAGAAUUUGAUCCAACAUUUCCUAUUCAAUUAAAUGGAAUAAUUCGCCAAGAUGAAUAUCAACAAUCAAUUGAAACGAUCAAUCAAGCAUUUGGUUCGAGACUAAUUCUCCUGAUAGUUUAUAUUCUCUUUGUUCUGUGCUUACUUCUCUCAAUAAUAUUAAUUAUUGUUGGAGCUAUAACAGCAUCGAAUUCGAGUUCUAAAAAAAUUAAUGCUAUAGCUGCUGUUGGCAUAGCAUUAUUUAUUGUUUCUUUUAUUUUAUUAGUUGUAAGUCUCUGUGUGGUACGAGAAGUGCAAAAGAGUCGAUUAAGAAAAGCAGUUGCAAAUGAAUCAGGAAAAUAUUGCGCAAGAAAACCAACACCAGUCUUUUUGCGAUUAAAAAUUUCAAGAGUGGCAAUUGGUGGAGGUCGCAGACGAGGUUCUAAACUCGUAUAUCAUUUGAUUAUUGAUAUUGGACAUAAUGGCCAACAGAAUGCCACCAAUGUGCCAUAUGGAUCUAAUCAGGUCUAUCCUUAUCCUCCACCAUCAGCUCCUCAAUAUAAUGCUCAACCUGCAGCAGCGUUUUGUUCUCAGUGUGGAAUAGCACGCCAAAAUCCUUUGAUGAAAUUUUGUCCAUCUUGUGGUCAAGCAUUUAAUAACUGA